GACAAUACUUUGCUUCGCUGUCUAGAUAGCUAGCUCGUUCGGUUAUUUUACACACAACCACAAACAACAGCUAUCAUCUCACCGAUUCAGCCACCAUUUUUUCAUACGGCGUAAAUAACUUAAAAGUCUACUAUUGUACAUUAUUUCGAAUAUUAGAGCAACCUUUUCUAUAAGCCUAAUGUUUUUAAGCAAGAAACAGGCAUCUGGGUCCCGUUCUUCGACCGUGGUUUAACAAAGCCCGAAUUAGUUCGCAUAGCCCGGGUUGAGCUAGCUCGAGUCCGUACCUGAAAUGGGGUUUCGGUCCACAUCUCGGAUUUAGGUUUCAGACUAUUUACAAACAGACUGUUGUUUAUUCUAACAAAAAGCCAAGAUGAACAUGGCUAAGCAGCGUGCUGCUUAUUUCAGUGCUGCUGAAUUGCAACUUUUAAUGGAAGGAUAUGACGAAGUUAGACAUUUAAUAAAAACCAAAGGGAAUACUAUAGCGGCUGCAAGACUCCGUCAGGAUGCGUGGCGAAAAAUAGCCAGCAAACUAAAUGCAUCCAAUCCUUUGGGACCAAGACGAACGUGGCAGCAGGUGAAGACGAAAUACAAGAACGUCGUUCAAAGUGCAAACAAGAGAAAGGCUGCAUUGAAGAAGAUGGGAUUGGUCCAAACAAAAGAGGAGUACAUAGAUGAAGAGGAGCCACCAAUAGAGAACAAUGUGGACGGUCCUAUCAUAGAGAGCAUAGUUGGUGGCUGCAGCUCUGAUCCAGGAGAUAUGCCUGAUAUGCCUGGCUGCAGCAGUUAUGUCAAAGUGAUUGAGCAUGGAAUCACCCUGAUUCAACCACCGUUAUCAGAUGAAGAGCAGGACUCUGAACCUGUGGAAGAUGUUAAGACUUUAUAUAAGAAGUAUCUCCAAACAGAGAUCAACAACAGAAAGCAGGAAAUGGCAUACAGAGCCUUGAAAAUGCAAAAGGUGGAGAAGGAAAUACAGUUGUUGGACAGAAAGUUGGAUGUAAGCGUAACUGUGGACUUUUGAAUAUGAAUCAUCAGAAGGAAUGAUGUGUACCCUUUAAACUUUUUUGAUGUUUGAAUAAAUAUUUCCUUAGUUCAGAUCAGUUGUGAAAACUGAUAAAUGAGAAGAUUCUUAGUUUUCUAUGCGGUUAAUUACUGCAGUUUUUGGAAAUUAGUGAUUAGUCAAAGGUAUUGUGAAAUGUAUUUAAACUGAACAGGAUGGAACUGCAGCUUUAUAUGGAUCAAGUGCUAUAUGUCACAUUUUUGUGACCACAUCAAAUGAAAUCUACAGAAGUGAUUUUAUAUACACUGAAAUUCUUAGAUCUAAGUGUAGACUGCUGUUUUAAAUGACUUAUGAUGUCAAAUAUGAAUGAAAUGUUUUAACCUGCAAAAAAUGGCAUUCAAUGUAAAGGUCCAAACUUUGAUUUUGCAUUAAAUAAAUAUAAAUAAUACACUAAAAUA